AUGCCGCGCACGACGCCAUCGAGCCCGCUGUCCCACGCGACGCCGCCACGCUCCCCCACGGCCGGGGGCGGCGGCACGCCGAGCCGCCUGGCCGUCGCGCCCGCCUCCCCGUCCACCCCGCAGUGCGCCAUCCCUGCUUCCCCGCGCACGCCUCCGAGCAAGGCCACUGCCUCCACACCGGCGCCCACCACGCCCCGCACGCCGCGGCCGGAGAUCACGCUCCGGGACCCCUCCGACAAACGCGCGCCCGCGGCCGACGCCAUCCGGAAGCCCUCGUCGCGCGCGCUCCGGGCCAUCCGCGCGCUGCUCCGCUCCCUCCCCAUCCUCGCCCCGGCCGCGUGCCGCCCGGCCUCGGCCCUCCCGCGCCGCCACAACGGCGGCAUCAAGCCGCACGACGGCGGCGCGCGCGUCACCGGCACGUUCUACGGCCACCGCCGCGCCCGCAUCGCGCUCGCCGUGCAGGAGCGGCCCGGCAGCCUGCCCACGCUCGUGCUCGAGCUCGGCGUGCCCACGGGGAAGCUCAUGCAGGAGAUCUCCGCCGGCGGCCACGUGCGCAUCGCGCUCGAGUGCGAGAAGAAGUCCAAGAAGUCUGCGGACGGCGGCGGCGACAGCGGGGGCGGGAGUGCCUAUGUCACCCUGCUGGAGGAGGCGAUGUGGACGGCGUACGUGAAUGGGCGGCGGGUCGGUUACGCGGUCAGGCGGGAGGCCACGGACGGCGACCUCGCCGUGAUGCAGCUGCUCAGCACCGUGUCGGCUGGCGCCGGCGUGCUGCCGGGGGACGUGGUGGACCACGAGCCGCCCGCGGACGGGGCGGCGGAGGCUGACGGUGAGGUGGCAUACAUGCGGGCGGGGUUCGACAGGGUGACAGGGAGCAAGGACUCGGAGUCAUUUUACAUGGUCAGUCCAGACGGGGACGGCGGCGCCGGCGCCGCCGGUGGGACGGAGCUCAGCAUUUUCUUUGUCAGGGUGUAG